AUGGUAAUGAACAGCGUUGCAUCUUUUGAGGUCGCACGUUCCGUGGAGGUGAUUGGCGGCGACAUCCAAGACGUGGGGGUCGUCGUGAACAAGGCCACGCUGGCGUACCUGGUCAACGUGGCGAGCCGCACGCUCGCCGCUAUGUACAAGCAGGCCCACGUGGACCUUCAAGAUGCUGACACGUGGCAUGAUUCGGAUGGUGCUCAAGGCACUACAGGCACGGACGGGGUUGCGGGCAGUCCGGAACGGCCCACCGGGUACGAGAUGAGUGCUGACGACGAGUGGGGUUAUGAUCCGGAAGCUUCAAACGGAUAUCGGGUUAGUAUUGGCGGGAAGGGCGAGACGGGCGAUUUCAAAGCGAGGCAGCAAAGUUUGAAAGCGAAGCUGAGGAGUCGCUAUACCGGCGGACUUCGGAAGAUGCUGAUGGGGCAAGCCAGUCGUUCAGGCAUGAGCCUGAAGAUCACUGUGGCGCUUAUUACAUGCUUAUGCUGA